GGGAUCUACCAAGCAUACACAUUCCGAUGUCUGCAUGAGGCAUGUUCAUCCCUCACUCAGGGGUGUGCACACUCAUUUUGAAGAAUAUUAUACGUGCUGUCUUCAGUGCCGUCUGACACUUGGAGCGACAUGUCCCAGAAACCCAAGCGGAAACAUGCAGCGAUGACGGCCGAAGUGGUGCCAGUGCCGUCGUCAGUUGUGGCAGCAGCAGCAGCAGUGGUGGCCGAGGGGGGCCACAACGAUGAACCAUCAUCCCAGCCUGAGAAGAAGCCAAAGAGAGAACAACCUUCAACAUCCAAAGAAGACCUAAGGUCACCUGAAGAAAUCACCAAACAGCUAGAAGACACAUUUGACAUCAGGCGCUCAUUCAUUACGAUUGAAAUGCCAGGAAUUCCCAUUAUUCUAGAAACAUACCCAGAUUUGUUCACAGGGAAGAAUAUGUUGUUGGAAUUCCAGAGGAUCUCCAAGAUAGACAUUGAUCACACCAUUCAGGAAUAUUGUGUGAAGUUUGCUCCAGGGAUUGUAGAACUGGCCAAGCAUACAUCUGGAUCGGCAGCCAUUUUGAAACAAGCAGACCAAGCCAAGCAGGACAACGCUGCAUUGAAGCAGUAUUGGGACAUGGUGACAGCACUGUGUCUCAUACCUCUGCUUCUCAAAGAAAACAUUGUCGAGAUGGUUCGCGAGAUCGGUGAAGAGGAUGAGGUCGAUCCACGAGGGAAAGUUGUUCCAAUUCUUAUUGCACGAGGGAGCAUCUUCAAAAGUGAUGAAUUUUUCCUGGUUGCCGAGGAAACGGUUCUGCAAGAGUUUGAGGAGUUUACGAUGGCAUUUGCAACGCUGUUUUCAUCAUACUGGGUGUUCAACAUGCAGUACCCACGUACACUGAACAAUACCUAUAACUUUGUCCAGAAAGGCAUUCUCCACUUGCGGGACGAGACGCCGAUUCCGCCUCCAUGUAAACAACUGGUACAGAAGUUGCAGAAGUGGAGCAAGAUUGGGAAGGGGAAGAAGUAGAUCUGUCCAUGGUUGUCUUUGGUAGAGCUGGUCCAAUGUUAUUGUGUCAUAUGUUUCAUACAGACAUCGUUGGAUUAAGGGAUCGGUAUAGAAGGUUGCAGUAAUACAAUUCAAAGUAUGUGUUGUCUGCAGUGACUGAGUGGCAACAAACACCCUUUUUCCGUCAUAUAUUUAAAGGGACAUUUUUGAUACAAAAGUUUACUGGAAUUCCCUUAUCCAGAUUGAUGCCAGCCAAUCAAAUUUUAUGAGUCAAACUUCAAUCUAUGUCCCAUGUUAAUAGAAUGCCAAAGAUUGUGUCAUUGGACAUCACCAUUGGAAGUGCAAGCAACUCAAGAUAGUUUUGUUGUUUGGAAAUGACCUUGGUCCUGCGUUUGUAAUUCUUGCCUAUUGGUAUCUUGACUGUCCUACACCAUGUGGAGUCAUUUCUACUUGUGCCAUUUUCCAUCCUCAAUGAUGAUUAGCUCAACAGUUAUGUCUAGUGUUUGCCUACACCUUCUCCUGUUGACAUUUCGGUUCUCAGAUGCGGAAAAUCAAUAACUGGUUUGGGAUUUGUACAGCUGUUCGUGAAAUAUUUGUCGAAGUUAUUUAGUCCAGAAACCAAGUUUGACCUUCCAGAUCAGUAAAUAUUAACUAGGUCAAGGUCACACGAAAGUUAAGAAAAAUGUGUGAUUAGUUUCUUGGUGUUAACUUUGACAAAUAUUGAAAAGAUUUGAACCAAAUUUAAUUUAUUGUGUUGAAUGUUAAUUUUUGAUAACAAGUCAGCAUAAAGGAGAUAAAAGAAUCAUCUAAGUUCAAGAACACAUCCCUUCAUUUGAGCACAAAUCCAAAAGGAUUUCUGUUUUAUGACCAGACCCGAUGUCAAUUUAUUGUGUUGCCCUGUGUGAAUCUUGUAUCAAGGACACUGGUCACUGCAUGAUUGAACAAUGUUAUCGGUGUUUAAUGAUCUGAGUCAAAAUGCACAUCCAGUGUUUGACCUUGGGAAGAGUCUCUGUUUAAGUUUGAAGGGAUGAAUUGUGUAUGGGACAUACGGUACAUUGAGGAUUGGUACAAUAACUAGUGUUCAUAAAACUGAUGUCCUCCCUUAUCCUUUGAUCGUUAGCACAGACUGUAACAGCCAAAAUGUUUCGUGAAUUCAUGCACAUCCCAUCGAGUCACAGCAGACGUGAACUUGACAUGAACAUUUUUUUAGGCAUGAAUGGCAGAAUUAGAUUUGACCUCAAGGUU